AUGGCCGCUUUACAUAUCGGUGGUGAUGGUAGCCCUCGUCAAAUAGAAGUUAAUAGACUAUUGUUGGAAGCUCUCACAGCUAAAAUGAGAGAGAUGAUGAUAGAAAAAACGGAGGCAAUUCAUGCGAGGAUUGAUCAAUUAGAAAACCAACAAAAUAAUACUGAUGAGGAGGAAAGAGCAAGGAGAAGGAGGAUGGGUAGGCCUAGAGAGGAAAUAUUGAGUGGUAUAAAAAUUAAAGUUCCAACCUUUCAAGGGAAAAAUGAUCCAGAGGCUUAUUUAGAGUGGGAAACAAAAAUCGAACAAAUUUUUGCUUGUAACACUUAUAGUAAUGUUCAAAAAGUGCAGGUUGCUGCCCUUGAAUUUACAGAAUAUGCCUUGGUGUGGUGGGAUCAAAAUGUCAAAGACAAGAGAAGAUAUGAUGAACCAGCCAUUGACACUUGGGAGGAGAUGAAAAUAAUUAUGAGAAGAAGAUUUGUUCCUUCCUAUUACCAUAGGGACUUGAAUAAUAAAUUACAACGGCUCACUCAAGGUUCUAAAAGUGUUGGUGAAUAUUACACAGAGAUGGAGGUUGCAAAGAUAAAAGCAAAUGUGGAGGAAGAUAACGAAGCAACAAUGGCAAGAUUUCUUCAUGGCCUAAAUCGUGACAUAAGUGACAUGGUGGAGCUGCAUCAUUAUGUGGAAGUAGAUGAUUUGGUGCAUCAAGCUAUCCAGGUAGAACAACAGCUCAAGAGAAAGGGUCUAGGAAGGAGAAGCGCAACUACUUUCGAUUCUCAAAGUUGGAAGGAUAAAACAAAGAAGGACGGUGCUUCAUCAUCUAAGGAAUCCACAGUUGAAAACAAAGGUAAAACUAUUACCCCUGCUUCAAGUGUUUCAACUAACAAAAAUGUUAAGUGUUUCUAG